AAAAAAGUAACAGAAAUCAUACAGGAAGUCUUCCCAGUGUAGCCUCAUAAAGGAUUGUGUUUUAUUUCUCCACUGUUUCAUCUUAUCUUUCUCAGAGGAGCUGUUUUCGUGCAGAAAAGAUUAUGGGUGGCUUCACCCCAUAAAUUUAAAAAGCUUCUUAAGAAAAAGGAUAGGGUGGAAAGUGCAAAGUGGCUGAGCACACUGCAAGUCCAGCUGCAGUGGACAGCAGCCCUAAUGCUGAUAGGUUUCCCACUGCACAGCAGGCAUGCAGCCCUUGCUCAGCUCCCUGCACACCAAAGGCACUCCCUGUAACCCACUAAUGUAACUGCCAUCAGCUUCUUGCAGUAUUCAUGCCUUGAUUUCUGAAGAUUCAUGAGCUUUUUCAUCAUACUAGAGGUAAUCUAAACCCAUUCUGCUCAAUAUACAGAAGUCUGGUUACUGUAUUUCAAAAUUGUCAAGUAAACAGAGAGUGAAUGGAAAUGUCUUUUUUGUGUAGCUUUAGUCACAAGAGGAUUAAAAUUGUGGAUGAAAUAUUUUUGUUUUUACAGUUGUGCUUAGGAUCUCUAGUGAUUUCCACGGAAACUCCAGUGUUGAUGAAUUAUUAGUCUUCAGAGGUUAUUGCUUCUGUCUUUUUUCACCUACUCACAAAAAGGUUUGACUCAGCACUGCAUAUAUUAGCAAUGUGGAUGUCUCCCCUAGUAAAAUAAAAAAAAUACCUAGACGAUACAAUUGCAAAAUAAAGAACUAGUUUUUAAAGCAACAUGUAUUUAUUUUAGGGAGGAAGUAUGAGUUUCCCAGGAUCUACAGGGACAGAGAUUGUACAAGCAAUCCAGAAUUUAACUCGUCUUUUGUACAGCAUACAGGCAGCAUUAGCUAUCCAGGACAGCCACAGAGAGCUCCAUAGGUUACUCCUGCAAGAGAAUGAGAAGACCAGUCGUAGCCAUAGUUCUUGGAUACCUCUCUUCCUGGAACCAGAAAAAUACCGUAAUUCAGAAAAACAAAGGGAGGAGCUGGCAAACAUCAACAAACUCCAGCAGCAGUUCCAGCAAGAGCAGCAGCGCUGGCUGCGUGAAUGUGAGCAGUGGCAGCAAGAGCAGGAGGUGAGGGCAGGCCUGUUAGAGCAACGGGAGCAGGCCUGCAGCUGCCAGGAGGAGCUGCUGGAGAAGAGCCGCCAGGGGCUUGCACUGCAGUUGCAGGAGUUCCAACAAAGUCUGGAGAGGUUGCAGGAAGGGCAAAAAGUGUUGGAGAAAAAAAGGGACAGUAUCAAAGUGCAGAAGAAACUCCUCUGGCACUGGAAGCAUGGUCUCCAAAGCAACCUGCUGCUGCCCACAGGGAGCCGUGAGAUAAUGGGACACGAUCAGUUGGAUAGCUUACAUGAUGAAAAUGCGUUCUACUUAAAUGAAGCUGUAGUACGCGUGUCUCUAAGUGGCCUCAACAGAUCAGAUUCUUCUCUUAUUUAUGAAGAUGUUGUGUAUGGGCUGGGCAUCUCAAACUCGGAUAUGGCAAGGACUUGUGAAAAUCAGGUGGACUUCAGGGUGGAUACUUCUUGUCAACCAGCGUUGACCAAUGAACUGUGGAAAUCCACUGGCCCUUACCAGCAGAUGUCUUUCUCCUGCAAAAGCAACAAGGAUGCUUUUAAUAAUGGUAAUUAAUACCAUAUUUAGUAGUAUGGGCAGAAAGAAUAGUCCUAGGAAGGAAAGCAGCUUGGCAGUAGUGAAAGUAAUCAGUUUUGCUAAAACAGUUGCAUGCCAUUUACAUUCUUGCUGAGUGAAAUUGAGAAAAUCGGUAGAACAAAGCACAAAUAUAGACAGCGUUUGCAAAUAAAUGUAUCCCUAUUCUUUGUUGGCAUAAACCUAUGCUAUCUUAGCAUUGCACUGCAUUGAAAAUUCCCUGAAUUCCCUGUACUUAAAACCAUAUUCAUGAGAAACCCUAAUCUGUUUCUCUCUCUUGUCACACUGAAUCUAGUUUUGAUCUUUUAUGGCCUCUUCAUUCAUUAUGAUGAAAGUUGUAGAAAGGCAUGUAAAAACACAGUAUCUAGAAAUCAUUAAAGACAAUGGUAUGCUUUUGGUGUAGUAGCUGAAAUGAUCUGAUGGGUUUUUCAUGCACAACCAAGAGAUUGAGGUGGCACAUGGCAAAUCAAAACUGCAGCUGACUUGCCCCCAUCUUUCUGAGCUGGCAGCAUGGGAUGACUUCUGUCCCUAUGCAAGCUGCACACUAAUUAGGUCACAGCAAAGAUCAAUGGACAGCAGAACUAAGUAGGAUCAGAAGUUAAAAACGUAUGCAGGUGCAGUGGCUCUAGUACUCUUCGGUCAAACACACUGGAAAGUCCUUGGUUAAAGAACUUGCUCCUUAGUACUCCUUGUAAAGAAUUAAGCAGGCAUUCACCACAGCCUUACUAUAACAUCAUUCUUAGUAUACAGAUUGCCAGAAAAGCAUUUCGUAUUCAAAGCUGACUAUUGUCAUCACCACAAUCAGCAAACAAAGCUGAUUAGUAAAAGAGAUGAGUAUUUCUAAAAAUGCUUAAAUAAGUAGUGUGGAGAAACUUGUUCUAGUUUGAAUGAAGCUGUCAUUUUAGUAACAAGUUAGCUUAGCUAGUCCAAAUUUGAAAGGGAGCGCAUAUGUGGGUUUAAACCUCCCAAAAGUAGAUUAGCUUGCACUGGCAAGUGUUCAGAUGCAAGUUAACCAGGAUACUCUGUACAUUAAGCCCACAUGAGAGUGUCUAGUUUAAUUAAACUGCAGUUGCAUUGGUGUAAUUGCACUGAUUCUCAGAUUAGCUGGUGGUGCUUCUCAGCGUAAAGAUGCCCUUCUGGUAACAGGGCACCAGUGUAGCCCCAGCAGCCUGGGGAGCAGUGCUGGCUACGCACCUGCCUGAAAGGGAGGAGCAGCAAGCUAGCAGAAAUCUCUCUGGCAAAGUCAGGUCUGUAAAACCUGCAGCUGCUGCCUUCGCUGAGUCACAGAGAGAGCACCAUUGGCAAAGCAGCACAGCAAAUUCUUGUGGCAUCUUGGUGGUGCAGGUUGUGUUGUGAAGCCCCGGUGCUUCAGCAGGAAAGAAGGGAGCCUGCCCACUGAGGGAUGCACCAUCACAUUCCACAUUCCACUUUUGUGACUUGGAGGUUGACAAGUAUGUCAUGCGGUGCGUGAGUCUGCAUGAUUCAAACUUGCUUCUGUCAUGCAUCUGGAGCUGCCAUAUAGGGAGCAGGGAAUGAGAACGCUGAGCUUCCUCCUGAAUGACAGAUGGCAAGCUCUGUACAUGGAAGUGAAGUAAAUCACUCAUUUCUAAGCAAUAGGAAUCAAGCUGAAUAGUGUAAACAUUUCAUACUAGGAAGCAGAUUCCUUUGUGAUGCUUUUUGGCCAUGCUUUUUCCCCAGAGAGUUUAGCAGAGUUUAAGAAGUGCUUGUGGCUUUUCUUCCUGACUCCUCUGCAGGAUAAAGUCAGCUCUGAUUGCUGUGAAUGGAAGCCAGUAGGGAUACAAUGAGGAAAAAAAACAGAAAGAAUUUUAAAGUUAGUUGAAAUUUUCCACGUUCUGAUGUCAAUAAAAUGUGACAUUUUAUUUUUCUGCAUUUUUCAGCCAGCUCUAUGCAUAUCAUAUUCAUCUUUCCAAAACCAGUCCUAAAUAAGAAGUUAAAAUAGAAUUAAAAAACAACAACUGAGUAUAUCUUACUGAAAAUAGCUGUGUAUGGGAGACAUACAUAUCCAGAUCUUGUAUAUAAUAAUUUUGUGUGCUCAGAACACCAAUUUAAUUUCUUGAUUUUGAUUGACUUCCAUAGAAUUAGUAGGCAUUGUAUAAGAAGUCUGAUCUGCCAAAAAAAUUGUAAAUUAUUUAAUGAAAAACACCACCUGACCGUCGUGUUGAGGGGUUAAUCAUGAUGCAUUCAACUGUAUGUUAAAUACUAUGCAGUUUAAAUGGAAAUAACUACAUUCCUCCAGUGCAUAAUUUUCCAUUCAUAUUUUCUAAGGUAAGACAUGUGUCUUUACAUAGCUAGCAUCAUGAUUAUGUCUGAUUGCUUUAUGUGUAUGGGAGUGAACUUUACUGAAGACCUUGGGGCAAGUUCCCACAAAGCUGAAACUGGCACAAGUACACUCACUAGAAAAGGUGUGUCAGUCAACAGGAGGAAAAUGUGAUUGAAAGAAAAAUGUGUUAAUGCUUUACACUAAUGGUUAUGAAAUUAUCUGCAUGAAAGAAGGCAAGUACUUUGGCUAAUUAGGAAUUGGGGAAGUAUAGGUUUUGUGUCAGAUCAGACUGAGAAUCGAAUAAAUUACAUCUUGCAUUUAAUUGACAUGUCAGGUUAACUAGCUGAAGUCAGUGUCUAAACAUUUACCUAUGGAUUCAGCUCUUUGAUUUCAGGAAUCAAUGCAAUUUUAAUUCUUUUAAGCUAUGAAGUGAAUGACAUCGUAGUAAAUAGU